AUGCUACAUCGACCUUGCUCACGCAACAUUGCCGUUUCCGAAACAUCUCUGGUAUCCGUGGUCAAGGCGGCCAUCGAGCUGAUAUCAGUAGACGCAAAAGCAGCCGAGUCUGGGGGUCUUGUCAUGGUAUUCGAGAUUGGCAACAGAAUAUUCCAAGCUGGCAUGCUCUUGCUCUACGCUCUUCGAAACCACGCUACAAAGUUACAGCGUGCCUCACUUGCAGAUAUUGCCACCACCUCGUUGAAUAAUCUCUCAGCACUUCUUAACAACCUCUCCAGCAGAUGGCCACCCCUAUCCGACACAGCAAGCUACAUCAACGAACUCAUCGACACGAACCUCCGCAACCCACUCGGACAUAACGGAAGUCACUACGACAUGCAAGUCCUCGAAGAACUCGACUGUCUAGUAACCCAGCGACGAAUCCACAGUAUCCGCCACCGAAACAUCCCCUUUCCGCCUCCAAAGAAGUCCACGCCUCCUGCCUCGGAACCAGAAAACCUGCUUCUCGCUCCCAUCUGGCGGCGGGCAAACCGCCUCUUCGUCUUCCUCGAACCUUACCGGAACAAGGGUUGA